CCCCAUCCCUCGUCUUUCCCCUCGUCGUUCCCUAGCAUUUUGGCUCAAGAUUUGGUCCGAGCAUCCCAUAGCGAACCACUGACACGACGCGCUCGCGUCUUCACCCGAGCAGGAGUCUACCAGAACCGCUUCCAGUAGGCACGAUGAGCACGUUUCAGCCUGCGGGGGAUGCUUCUGCGUUCUUUGCGAACGCAGGUGCGUCCCCUGCGCUGAAGCCCGCCGCUGGCUGCACGAGCAUCUGCAGCAGCGGCCAUGGGACUCCCAGCCAGGGUCCCCUCAAGCAGCCCAAGCACGGAACCGUCGCCAAGUGCCUUGAGAGCCUCGCUGCGCUGCCAGACCCCUUCCACGCGGCGGAGGACUCACUGCUGUUCCAGCGUGCGGUGUCCACGGCCUCCACGGAGUUCACGGCGUCCACCGACUUCCACCGGCUCUUGUCUGAGGACGACGGUUUCACGCCUUUCGCUUCGCCGUUCAUUGGCUCUCAGAGGUGGUCGCAAGAGGGUUUGGCCGAGCUCCCCGAGUGGCGCCUGCAGGAUGUGCGCGUCUCCGACGCGGACGGCGCGAAGUGGACAGUUGCUGGGGUUGGUUGCCCGUUCGCCAAGCGCUUGGAGGAGGAAUUCGACGACGUCACGGCCCUCUUCCAGAAGAAGUUCGGCAUCAACGUAGAUGAAGAAGUGGAGGGCGAGAGACUCUUCGAGGACGCAGACGGCACUAAGUGGCAGGUGACCGAGGGCCGUGGCUUGCUGGUUGGCCUGGAGGACAGGCUGGAGGACCUAAAGGGCCUGUACAAACGCAAGUUUGGCUUGGACGUGGACGAGGAGGAGGACCAGAGCCCCUUCGAGGACGCGGACGGCACCACGUGGUUGAUGACCAAGGGUCGCGGCGUGCUGACGGGCUUGGAGGACAGGCUGGAGGACCUGAAGGGCCUGUACAAGCGCAAGUUUGGCCCGGACGUGGACGAGGAGGAGGAGGACGACAGCCUCUUCGAGGACGCGGACGGCACCACGUGGUUGGUGACCGAGGGCCGCGGCGUGCUGACGGGCCUGGAGCACAGGCUGGAGGACCUGAAGGGCCUGUACAAGCGCAAGUUUGGCCCGGACGUGGACGAGGAGGUGGACGAGAGCCUCUUCGAGGACGCGGACGGCACCACGUGGCAGGUGACAGAGGGCCGCGGCUUGCUCACCAGCCUGGAGCACAGUCUGGACGACCUGAAGGGCCUGUACAAGCGCAAGUUUGGCCUGGACGUGGACGAGGAGGAGGACGACAGCCUCAUCGAGGACGCGGACGGCACCAAGUGGCAGGUGACCGAGGGCCGCGGCGUGCUGACGGGCCUGGAACACAGGCUGGAGGACCUGAAGGGCCUGUAUAAGCGCAAAUUUGGGCUGGAUGUGGACGAGGAGGAGGACGAGAGCCUCGUCGAGGACGCGGACGGCACCAAGUGGCAGGUGACCGAGGGCGCGGCUUGCUCACCGGCCUGGAGAGCAGGCUGGAGGACCUGAAGGGCAUGUACAAGCGCAAGUUUGGUCUGGACGUGGACGAGGAGGAGGACGACGCGGAGGGCAUUAACUGGCAGGUUACCGAGGGCCGCGGCGUGUUGACGGGCUUGGAGUACAGGCUGGAGGACCUGAAGGGCCUGUACAAGCGCAAGUUUGGCCUGGACGUGGACGAGGAGGAGGACGAGAGCCUCUUCGAGGACGCAGACGGCACCACGUGGCAGGUGACCGAGGGCCGUGGUUUGCUAGUUGGCCUGGAGGACAGGCUGGAGGACCUGAAGGGUCUGUAUAAGCGCAAGUUUGGCCUGGACGUGGACGGGGAGGAGGACGAGAACGAUAGCCUCUGCGAGGACGCGGACGGCACCAAAUGGCAGGUGACAGAGGGCCGCGGCUUGCUCACCGGCCUGGAGCACAGUCUGGAGGACCUGAAGGGCUUGUACAAGCGCAAGUUUGGCCUGGACGUGGACAAGGAGGAGGACGACAGCCUCUUCGAGGAUGCGGACGGCACCAAGUGGCAGGUGACCGAGGGCCGCGGCGUGCUGACGGGCCUGGAGCACAGGCUGGAGGACCUGAAGGGCCUGUACAAGCGCAAGUUUGGCCUGGACGUGGACGAAGAGGAGGACGAGAGCCUCUUCGAGGACGCAGACGGCACUAAGUGGCAGGUGACCGAGGGCCGUGGUUUGCUAGUUGGCCUGGAGGACAGGCUGGAGGACCUGAAGGGUUUGUAUAAGCGCAAGUUUGGCCUGGACGUGGACGGGGAGGAGGACGAGAGCCUCUUCGAGGACGCGGACGGCACCAAGUGGCAGGUGGCCGAGGGCCGUGGCGAUCUGUCAGUCUCGGAGGACAGGCUGGAAGACUUACACGCCUUGUAUCGAAUGCGCAAGUUCGUCUUGGACGAGGAGGACGAGAGCUUUUUCGAGGACGCGGAUGGCACCAAGUGGCAGGUGACCGAGGGCUGUGGUCCACUCGCAGCUCUGGAGGAGAGGCUGCACGACAUCAAGGCAUUGUACAAGCGUAAAUACGGCCUGGACCUGGAAGAGGAGGACGAGAGCCUCUUCGAGGACGUGGACGGCACCAAGUGGCAGGUGACCGAGGGCCGUGGCUUGCUCACCGGACUGGAGGACAGGCUGGAUGACUUAAAGGCCCUGUACAAGAGCAAGUUCGGCCUGGACCUGGAAAAAGAGGAGGACGAGAGCCUCUUCGAGGACGCGGACGGCACCAAGUGGCAGGUGACCGAGGGUUGUGGUCCACUCGCAGCUCUGGAGGAGAGACUGCAAGGCAUCAAGGCCCUGCACAAGCGCAAAUACGGUGUGGACGUUGACGAUGUGGCCGAUGAGGUUGCCUGCGGCUCCCUGGUAGUGGAGGACCAGCUCGACAUCCUGAAGGCCAUGUUCGGCAAAAGGGGAGCCCUCGGCGGCGGCGGCGGGCUCGGCCGCGGAUUCGGCAUCGAAGGCCGCGUGGCACAGGCGGGCUGCCACACCUGGUGCGGCUGCAUGUGACCAGGCAGGGCGCGCGUGCGAGGAGGCCUCCCCCUGGCUGCUGGCUUCGCGUCCUAGGGUCCGCGCUGCGGAAGCUCGGCCUUCUGCCCCUUCGCCCUUCUCAUCCCACUUCCUUCCUUCUCCCCUCUUCCUCCCGCUCCUAACUUUCUCGGGCAUGCCUCGGGAGAGAAGGCUCAAAGCCUUGCUCCUUGUUCGCCCUCGCGCCCCCGCUACAGAGUGCCCGGGAGCCUGUCGGACGGACGCUUGGUCCGGCUUCCUCACGGCGGACGGGUGCUCCCCGAGUCCGAGUUCGAGCCUUCACUCACCACGGGCCGCCUCUGCCCAACGAGUUCGGCGCCAGUGUAGGCUAUUCUGAAUGGCGCCGUUCGUGCGCCGCCGUCAUUUGAAUCCCUAGGCUUUAGAGUUUCAUGGCUGCUUGAGAUAUAUGUUUGCACGUGCAUAUUUACUGCAGUUAAGUCGUCCAUCCUCUGCGGAUGUUGGGGGCGUGCCUGCAACAUUUAAUAUUGUCAUCGUGUCGCAUUCCUUGUCCUCAGCUCGCGUUUGUCGCUGAACUUCUCUUCGUUGUCUCGUUUUCUUCCUCCUACCUCAGCAUUCGGAGUUGAGUCGAUUUGAUGGCGGCGCUGCCCAUUCCUCUCGGGUGUGCAUGUGCCUGCUUGUUUCAAGAGCCAGUAUGGCGUCACGGGCUUGUGUAAAUGUCACUAGACAGUUAACGCUCUCUGGAAUUCGAAACCCACGUGCGCGCCGCAAUGCGCAGGAGCUUCCGGUCUGCCCGCAGCCCACACACGGGGGACAAUUGGGGUGACCUUGCGGAGGAAGGGUUGGGGCGGGGGCGGAACCC